GUUUAAAAAAUACACUCGACGAAAUUUCUUUCCAGCACGGGCUAUCCCACUAGUAGCGGUUAUAACCUGAGCUCGGGUUUCCCAGUUGAGCAGGACGUGUCGAUGAUUCGGACGCUUCAAUCUCGUCUCUCAUUUCUUCGGAUAUCCUUCACAUCACUCUCCCGUAGCUUCUCCACAUACCAUGGACGCUCAAAUACGAAUGUAGCUGGAACUGGGAUAGUGUGCAGUCAUCUUGCAGUGUCAGCAAAUACUAACACUCAUAACGGGCUUAGGACUGUGUGUUCAGCCGCAGAUUUGUCAACUAAGAAGUGUGUACCAUGCAACACAAAGGAUUUGAGGCCUAUGACUGAAGAAGCUGCCAAUCAGUUGAUGCCACAGGUUUCGGGGUGGGGUCUGGUGAAUGAUGGUGGCACACUGAAGCUGCAUAGGUCCUGGAAAGUCAAGACUUUCACCAGAGGAUUGGAGUUCUUUCAAGAGGUAGCGAAUGUUGCAGAAGCUGAAGGUCAUCAUCCGGAUCUUCAUCUUGUUGGGUGGAAUAAUGUGAAAAUUGAUAUAUGGACGCAUUCUGUGGGUGGGCUCACAGAAAAUGAUUUCAUACUUGCUGCCAAAAUUAAUGGGCUUGAUGUGCAGCACCUUCUCAGCAAGAAAAUUAGCAGACCAGCACAAAGCGGCGCUUAAUCUUCCAAGUUUAGGGUUUUAUUCUGAUGUUAGUUUCUGUCAUACUAGGUAUCAUGGACGUUUGAGCCAAACCUUUGUUAUCAAAGAAUUGAAAUUCUAGAGACCUCGUCUUUCCAAGGGACAUUUUGUUCAUACUAUAAGCUACCCAAUUAAGGCUAUCCCAUUUCUUUGUCGACAUGGUGGUAUAUUUAUACGGUGCUUCUGGUCUUUUGAAAAGGAAAGAACGAAUUUAUGUUUGCUGUUCA